AACCGCCGGCAGGAGAGGAGGAGCAGGGGAGCGUCACCGCCGGCCUCCGCCAUGGCUGCCAUAUUGGAUGGGAAGUGAGCCUCAUUCCUCCGCCCACUGAGCUUGGUGGCGCACGGACCGGGCCUGGAGAGUGGCGGCCGCGGCGGUUGGAGCUAGUUCACGGUGUUCUGCGCCUCACCCGCUCCUCUCCCGACUAUUUUUCUUUGCCUGACACACGCCCCGGCCGUGAGGCGGAGGAGAAAGCGGACAAGAUGGCGGACCCGGCAGAGUGCAGCAUCAAAGUAAUGUGCCGCUUCAGGCCUCUGAACGACUCUGAGGUGGUAAGGGGCGACAAGUACGUGGCCAAGUUCCAGGGGGAGGACACGGUGGUCAUCGCGUCCAAACCUUACAACUUUGACCGUGUGUUCCAGUCCAACACAAGCCAAGAACAAGUUUACAAUGCAUGUGCAAGAGCAAUUGUUAAAGAUGUACUUGAAGGCUACAAUGGUACAAUAUUUGCUUAUGGACAGACAUCUUCUGGAAAGACCCACACUAUGGAGGGGAAGUUGCAUGAUCCAGAUGGGAUGGGGAUCAUUCCUCGGAUAGUUCAGGAUAUAUUUAACUACAUUUACUCCAUGGAUGAGAACCUGGAGUUUCAUAUAAAGGUGUCAUAUUUUGAAAUCUAUUUGGACAAGAUAAGAGAUUUACUGGAUGUGUCAAAAAUAAAUCUUUCUGUCCAUGAAGACAAAAAUAGAGUGCCGUAUGUAAAGGGUUGUACUGAACGUUUUGUAUGUAGUCCUGAAGAAGUUAUGGAUACUAUAGAUGAAGGAAAAUCAAACAGACAUGUAGCAGUGACAAACAUGAAUGAACACAGUUCUAGAAGUCACAGCAUUUUUUUAAUAAAUGUCAAGCAAGAAAAUACCCAAACGGAGCAAAAGCUAAGUGGUAAACUUUACCUAGUGGACUUGGCAGGUAGUGAAAAGGUCAGCAAAACUGGAGCUGAAGGUGCGGUGUUGGAUGAAGCUAAGAACAUUAAUAAGUCCUUGUCAUCUCUUGGCAAUGUCAUCUCAGCCCUAGCAGAAGGCAAUGUCUAUAUUCCAUAUCGUGAUAGUAAAAUGACCAGAAUCCUCCAAGACUCCUUGGGAGGAAACUGCAGAACCACUAUUGUCAUUUGUUGUUCACCAUCAUCUUAUAACGAAUCAGAGACAAAGUCUACACUUCUAUUUGGGCAAAGAGCGAAGACCAUCAAGAAUACAGUAUGUGUUAAUGUGGAGCUCACUGCUGAGCAGUGGAAGAAGAAAUAUGAGAGAGAAAAAGAGAAAACGAAGAGUUUGCGGAACAUGGUGCAGUGGCUUGAGAAUGAACUGGCUCGCUGGCGUAAAGGUGAAAAUGUACCAGUUGAGGAGCAGUUUGAUAAGGAAAAGGCCAAUCUGGAUGCCUUUGUAGUGGACAAUGUGGUAGCAAACGACAAGCCUGCUGUCACCCUUGCUGCUAAUUUUACGGAUGCUGAGAGGAGGAAAUGUGAAGAUGAGGUUGCUAAACUGUACAAACAACUGGAUGACAAGGAUGAAGAGAUCAACCAGCAGAGUCAACUGGUAGAAAAACUAAAACAGCAAAUGUUGGAUCAAGAAGAGCUGUUGGCUUCCACAAGACGAGACCAGGAUAAUAUGCAAGCAGAGUUAAAUCGUCUGCAGGCUGAAAAUGAUGCCUCCAAAGAGGAAGUGAAAGAAGUGCUUCAAGCCUUGGAAGAACUGGCUGUCAAUUAUGAUCAGAAAUCACAGGAAGUGGAGGACAAGGCGAAGGAGUAUGAGAUUCUGAGCGAAGAGCUCAGCCAGAAAUCGAUAAUUUUGUCCAGUUUAGACUCAGAGCUCCAGAAGCUGAAAGAGAUGACGAACCAUCAGAAAAAAAGGGCUACGGAGAUGAUGACCUCUUUACUGAAGGAUCUGGCAGAGAUUGGCAUAGCAGUGGGAAACAAUGACUCAAAGCAACCUGAAGUGAGUGGCAUGAUCGACGAGGAGUUCACCGUUGCCAGGCUGUACAUUAGUAAGAUGAAAUCUGAAGUGAAGACCAUGGUGAAACGCUGCAAACAGCUGGAAGGCACCCAGACUGAGAGCAACAAGAAAAUGGAAGAGAACGAGAAGGAACUUGCUGCAUGCCAGCUUCGUAUCUCUCAGCAUGAAGCAAAGAUCAAGUCACUGACAGAAUAUGUGCAGAACCUGGAGCAGAAGAAGAGGCAAAUGGAGGAGUCCGUGGAUUCUUUAAAUGAGGAGCUUGUCAAGCUUCGGGCACAGGAAAAAGUUCAUGAAAUGGAGAAGGAGCACUUGAAUAAAGUACAGACAGCAAAUGAAGUUAAGCAUGCUGUGGAACAGCAGAUUCAAAGUCAUCGGGAAACUCAUCAUAAGCAGCUGAGCAGCCUGAGGGAUGAGAUUGAUACAAAGGAGAAGAUUAUCACUGACCUCCAAGACCAAAACCAGAAGAUGAUCCUUGAGCAAGAACGACUGCGGGUAGAGCAUGAAAAAUUAAAAUGUGCAGAUCAGGAGAAAAGCAAGAAGUUGCAUGAUCUCACGGUUAUGCAGGACAGAAGGGAGCAAGCACGUCAGGAUCUGAAGGGACUUGAAGAGACAGUGGCUAAGGAGCUCCAGACCUUGCAUAAUCUCAGAAAGCUAUUUGUUCAGGAUUUGACAACUAGAGUGAAAAAGAGUGCGGAAAUGGACUCUGAUGAUACUGGGGGGAGCGCUGCACAGAAACAGAAGAUCUCCUUUCUUGAAAAUAACCUUGAGCAGCUAACCAAGGUCCAUAAACAGCUGGUACGCGAUAAUGCAGAUCUGCGUUGCGAGCUUCCAAAGCUGGAAAAACGGCUUAGAGCUACAGCUGAACGAGUUAAAGCCUUGGAGUCUGCGCUAAAAGAAGCCAAAGAAAAUGCAUCUCGUGAUAGGAAGCGAUAUCAACAAGAGGUGGAUCGCAUUAAAGAAGCUGUUAGAUCCAAGAAUAUGGCAAGAAGGGGACAUUCUGCACAGAUUGCUAAACCAAUCCGUCCCGGUCAGCACCCAGCUGCCUCACCAACGCACCCAAAUGCAAUUCGCGGCGGAACGGUGUUCCCUCAGAAUAAUCAGCCUAUGCCUAUCCGUGGAGGAAGUGUUAAGCAAGACAAAAUCUGCUGAAGGAUCACCGACGCAUCGAUGGGAUUGAGAACAGUCAAGUGGUGAUCACUACUGGGGUUCACUUAACUUUGGGGAUUAUAGGAUUGUUUUUGAAAUUGUAAUUUAUAUCUGGCCUGUACAGCUCUUCCUUUCUCCCAAUGUAUUUUUUUUGCAUUUUUUUUUCUCUAUUUGCAGCAAAACUUAGAGUGCAAUUUUGAUGUAUUUGGAAAUGACAUGUAAUUUAAUGGCUCCAUCUAUUGCACAGUUUGGUCUCCAUGUCUUAAAUAUAGUCUGCACUGUGCCAAGUCUGAAUGUACGUUACUGGUCGGGUAGAACCUAGUUACGUUUCUGUAAAUCUUCGUCAUAGGGACAUGGAGCAAAUUAACGGUUGAAUACACUUCCAGGUUAACCUUUUACAAUACAUUACAAGUCUACUUAUACAGGGGCGGUAGACUCGUGACUUUAAUAUCAGCGCUACAAUAAAAUACUGUAGAUUGUACAGCGUCUAGCUACUAAAGUGUGCUUUACUAUACUGGCCGCUGGCCUGAAAUCUAUACUACCAAAUACUCUUAAGAUUUCAGGAUACUCGCGGCCGCUCUAUUAUUCUGUGGUGGAAGACCUGCUGCCGUGUGGUUGUCAUUUUAAAUAAUGUAUAGGAACAAGACGCAGGAGGAAAACUUUUAUAUCCAAGACUGUUCAGAGACUGUCCUGUUUAUGAGCGUUACUGUGUGAAAACGUUCUGCUUUAUUCUAUUAAUAAAUGUGUAUGGGAUCAGCGAGACCUAUCCAUGUAUAACAGCGCUUGCACUGGCUAUAGUUUUUCUUUAUGUAUAUAUUUAAUUUACCCAUCAUACCACUCUGGAUUAUCCAUUGUAGUAUUAAAGUCUAUAUACAUUCCUUGCAGGGGUGCUUUUAUGGAAUGAUUAUAUAUUUACAUGCACUGGAAAAGCAAUGUUUUUUCCCUUAGUUAUUUAACAGAAAUCUGGGUGUUCCACUGCCGGUAUAUAACUAGUAUCUGGUUUAGAAAAGAGGAUUAAAAGGGCGUCUUGACAGGGGGACCAGUCAGCCCAACAUGUCUGUUGCAGUAAAUAGUUGCAAAAUAACAAUUCUGUCCCAACGUUUCUUAGAACUCUGACUUGUGCUGCUCCUCCAUUAUUCCUCUGGAAAUGUGAUGUAUAGGUGCUACAGUAUCUGUGUAGGGACACGUGCUACUGGCAAGCGGAAUAGUAACACCUAGCUUUUAAGAUUGUUUCCAUGAAGAAUAAGUUAGGAUUAACAGAAACGUCUAAGAAAAGAUGGUGGAGAAUAGUUUCAUUACAGGUAUUUACUUCCGCAGAUGUGUCGGAGUGGUGACGGUUCCUCUUUGAAAGAUAGGAAUUUGUAGGUAGGACAUUUUUUUAAAUAUUUUAAUAUUUUUUAUUUUUUGUUCAUUGAUUUGGCGCUCUACCUCCAUAAUUGAUUUGACAUUCUCGUGCAGUUAUAAAUGGAGAUUAUUGUGUAGACUUUGAUUUAGACUUUUUUUAUUUUUUUAUUUAUGAAUGCACGGGUGCUAACAGUUUAGCAUAACCAUUUACUGUCACUACAGUUUACCUGAUGCUAAGACUAGGGUUGAGUGAACUUGUGUUUCAAGUUCGGCAUACAGGAUUUGGGUUAUCUAAGAGUUUUGUUAUGGCUUACGCUACCACAGACUAUAACUUAUGGUCUGUGGUAGCAGAAUCCAUAACGGAAAUUCUUAGAUAACCUGAACCUUGUACGCCGAACUUGAAACAAGUUUGCUCAUCCUUAGCUUAGACAUGCUGAUGGCUGUGUCUGCUGCUUCAGUGACCUUCCUUCUGCAGCCACAUGAGAAGCCAGUCAUGAAAUACUAUUGGAGCUUAUACACUCUCCAUAAUAAAGCCUUUUAUUGCUUACCGUGAUUACAUGAGCUGGUAUAGACUGAAAUAGACAGAUAAUGGCGGUAGACUGGCUUCACGUAGUGGCUAUAUCUGCUUAUGUCCAUCAUUCCUAUAUGGAAGCUGAAUUUUUGAAUUAUCCUAGGUAUCACAUACACUCCAGAGUUGUAGGGUUAUUCAUACUGACUUUCUAUAAAAUAUGAUUAACACUAAUCCCUUCCUUCAUGCGGUCUCGGACAGUGCAUAAGUGGUCUAGCGGGUUUAAAAUGUACCAGUCGCUUUAAACAAACAGACUUUUGUGGGCUGAACUAAUAUACGACCUGUACCUGUUAUCAUAGUCAGUAGAUCAAUGCUGGGCUGUGCAGUGCAAGCCAGGAGCGUUUAUGACAAGUAUAAUUCCACCGUGAUGCUACUACAUAGCGGUCACAAGAUUUACACAAGAACGGUGUCGCCCCCUGUUAAGAAGCCACAGGUAUAUAGUAAGAGACCAAUGCACACUACACUAACAGGAAGCAGAAUAUUUUCCUUUUGUGCCUCAGUCGUCGUCUGCAUUUUUGUUCUUUUUUCAGGUUUUAGCUUCAUAUCCGGAUAUGUUUUUGCUCUGUCAAACUGAACGGUAAAAAAUAAAUCUCCUAAAAUCUACACUAUAUGAAUGGUUUGUCUCCUCGUUUUCCCUACGUCAGGCUUCCAUGAUAUGGUUUGUGGUAAAUGCUUCUAGCUUAGAUCAGAAGGGUUUGUUUUUUAACCAUUUUGGUUUCUUUCGUUCUCAUGUUUUCUCCUUGGCACAUACAUAUGUCGGGACUAGCACAGCGAUUGCAAGCACAGUAUGUACCUAUUUAUUAAUGGCGCCCGGCUAAAUUAUUUUAAUUGUUUAAUACCGUGGCUAUUACUGGCCAUGGGUGACAGAAUACAUGCCAGUAACAGGUCAUGCACAUAAUACACUGAUAUUGGGACAGAAAAAUUGCCAUUUCCAUCAGUCUUUCUGCAUGCUGUAAAUGUAUUUGUGUUUAAAAUAAUAAAAAUAAAAAAACUUGAAAUAA